AUGCGUCUCGAAUUCAUCUGUCUAGUAUUCGUUGCAGUUGGAUUGGCCCUCGACUGCGAAUCAGGAAAAUGUUUCGGUCAACCAGAAGGAUGUAAUGUUGAUACGAAUUGCCGAACAGUUUUCAAUUUUGACAACGAAGGAAAUCUCGAUUUGCAUCUUCGUGGUGUUUUUGACCAACAGGCUUAUGUUGCAUUUCCACUCGAAAAAGUAAAUGAAACUACAACUUAUAUAAUAUGCCUUCCACAUGGACAUAGAAGUUUCAAAGCAUAUGCCGAUAUUAAUCAACCAAUAAUUGUUUCGGAAGAGGAGAUAUCAAAGACUAUUAGAUCAAUUGACCAAACAAACUUCAUCUUCUCAUUUGAUGCAUCACAACUAACACCAACUUUUGAACAAAAUCGCAACUUUUACAUCACCACUGGAAAGUUUGUUGGUGAGUAUUUAAAAAUGGGUACAACUUUCUUAAAACUACAUCUAGUACAAAGUUUGAAUAAUCUAUGUGUUCCUUUCGACGAGACGAAUCACAUGAUAUACUCAGAUUUUGCUGCAAAUGUAUGAAAGUUUCUGAAAAUAAGCUAAAACGUUUGUCAAAGUCAUGAAAAACUGAAAUCGCUGCGAGACCCCAGCGCUUGAAAAAUGUGUGUCCCUUUGAUUUAAAAAUUAUUUUUCCGCCGGUGCGCCUAAAGCUAGCUUUCUGUACACUGAAAAGUUUUCAAUGCGAGGGUAAGUUGUUUUUCAUAAUUCUCCUAAAAAGCGUUGAACUCACUUCACCAGACAAUCCUUUUGAAAACAUAAAACAUCUGUUUUGUUAUUAGAAAUGCCCACAGUUUUAUAAACGUGACUGUGCUAUAUUUCCACGUCCAACUGUGACCCAAUAAUUUGUUUUUAUUUCCAGAUAGUCUCAUCAUCGAGGAUGGUCAAAACGGAUAUUCAUUCGAUGAAAAAGACACUUCUUCUGAAGAAGAUGUUGAUUAUCACACAGUGUUUUCGACUCAAAUCUCAGGAGACGUCAAACGCACGGAGAGAUUAACCGACUCAGUUUAUACUGGAGUUGAUAGCAAGCAAGCGAAUGAUGCGAUAAAUGCAAUUGAAAAUAUUGCCAACAAAAAGAAUUCGAAUUUCGAAGAUGUAAGUUAUCUUAAGUUGCCUGCAAGACGUUUUCAUUAUAAUUUGUUUCCAGGAAGUUGAUUCGGUUAUGGAGAAAGAGAAGGAGAAGACUUCAAGAAGAUCAAAGGAAUCAACUCGAAAUGAUGAGAAUGUGGAAGAAGAAGAGGAAGAGGAGAAACCACGUCGACCAACACGAGGAAAUCGCAAAUCUGGAAGAAGAAGUUCGCAAAGAAGAGAUGAAGAAGAGGAGAUUGAAGAAGGUGAUGAGGAUGAAGAUUGGGAAGCUGCUGCAAGAGAACUUGAGAGAAAAGAUAGACGAGUGAGUUGUUGGGGAAUGAUUUUGAAAGGAAAGAGGGUGGAAUAUGAAUUUGGGCUAGAAUUCACAAAAAAGAGAAUAAUUGGCUCAAAAUUAAAUGAAAUGUCAUAUUUACCAAGGUAUUUUAUUUCUAAUAAAAAUUAUCCCAAAAGCAGAAAAUUUUAAUCCUAGACGCAAAACAAAGCCCAAAAUUUUCUAGGAUUUUUUUCCAAUCUAGAGUUUGGAUUUCAAUCCAAAGCAGUAAUUCUUCUAAUAUUUUCGAAAUGAAAACAUAUUUUGAAAAAAGAGGUCACGCUAAAAUUUUUCAAACGUGAAAUUUUGUCGGACAUUUCCAGCGUAACUUAGUUUCCAAACUUUUUUAAAUUUCAGAAUGGCAAAUCUCGUCGUCGCCAAAAUCAAGACGAAGAUGAUGAAGACCGCCCAAGAAAUAGAAAUUCGAAGAAAAGAUCGCGAGAUGAUGAGAAUGAUUAUGAAGAAGACGAUGAAGAUGAUGCCGCAUUCGCCAACUUUGAUAUUUUCCUUUGCUCUUCAAUCGUCAUUAUUGCCUUUGGUUUUCUCUUCUAA